AUGGAAAAUUUGAACCGCAAGGCGGGAACAGGCUUCCGUCUUUAUAUCAUAUGCAAGUCAGACGAAUCAUCCAAGCGUCAACUCAACCAUGGUUCAAAGGCUCAGGGAGCUGUUUCAUAUAUCUUGAUUUCACUCAAAUCCCAUUUUCUCAAGCUCGCACGGAACAUGAUUCUGGACAUCAUCUGUAAACUGUUAUCAACCAUCAUGCAUGUGACGAAAAUCCUGCUCAUGCUCUUCAGCUUUGGAGCUAUUCGCCCAGUCAGAGAUAGUGUCACUGUUAAACUCGACCUGAUCGAGGCUCCGGACUGGACCCAGAACAUCGGCGACGGAUAUUGCUUUCACCAGGGCAACAGCCGGACAGGAAAAGCUAGAGGAUACGAAGUACGAUCGUCCAGCUUCUACUGCUACAGCUGGCCGACCAACCUUUGCGAGGGCGAUCCCAAUUCACAGAUAAUGCGGGGGACUGGAAGUUUUUCGCCCGUUGUGAAGGCUAUGUCAGUUGCUUGUUGGAAGAACUAA